CGAGAGAGUGUGGCUGGGAAAAUGCAUUCAUCCUCUCAGGCAGACUCAGGCAGGGUCAAAGAAAGGCCAUGAAUCGAACUUCCUCCAGAUCGAAGAUUUCUUUGAAUGCCGCGUCAUCUGAGGCCAGAAUUGUAGAGGGCACGCUGCGCCCAAGCACAUCGGUGACUGGUGAAGCCAGGUCGGAGUCGUGGAGAAAGAGACAGAACUCGUUAACAUUCAGCAGAUUGAAUACCUUGAACCCUGAUGUGUUCAACGAGCCACGACUCAGCCGCGUUUCCAAUGCGAGAAGUGUGUCCUCGUUUGAGGGAGCAGGGGGCGGUGGAGGGUACGACGCAGUUGCAUCACGUGGCAGCCUGGUUCAGGGGUCUCAAGGUGAUAAUGUUGGUGCCUCAUUCUCCAGUGGCCUUGACAAGUCUGGGCUCCCUAGACUAUUCCGCAUUCCCAAAUUCUUUGAUGGAUCCAAUGAGAGCAGUUUCAUGAAAUUGGAAUUCCAGGAUGAGGAGUUGGAAGAGUUGUACCGUAAGAGUGAGGAGACGUCCGCUAGAGCCCUGUUCCGCUUGGCAUGUGGCUUCCUGGUGUUGUCCUCUUUCAUCCAUGCCCUGUUCUUCGGCAUUUCUGCACACCGUAACUAUUACGUCAUCGAACUAUCUUGCUACGCUAUACUUGUUCUCAUCUUCCUGGGUCUGAGCUUCUCUGAGAGGUGCCGAGGCCCGUGGGAGAACAGACUUACAUACGCACUCGCAGCCAGUCUAGUUGCAGCGGCGCUGGGGACUAUAUCCUUUGCGCCAGCUGCAUUCUCGCCGGUCGGCCGCUUCAGCAUAGCAACGGCAGUGCUGACAGUGCUGUAUGUGUUUUUGCCGCUAGACCUACCGAUUGCAAUCAGUUUCGGCGUGCUCUUCUCACUCACAUUUGAGAUAGCACAGGCGGCUGUCCUCGCCAGCAACAGCAAUGUCAGCAUCUCUCCGAAAGCCCUGCUGAUGAAACUGGUCUUGCACCUUUGCCUGCACUUUAUGCUGGCUAGUAUUAGUCUGUUGUCAGAAGUGUACAGGCGCAACACGUUUUGGCGUAUUGGUCGCUCACUGCUGUACCAGGAUCAGUUGGACUUUGAGCUGGCUCUCAAGGAGAAGAUAAUCCACUCAGUAAUGCCUGAAGUGAUUGCUAGUGAGUUGCUGGAGAUCGAUGACAAUGCAUAUCAGAGCAUUUUCAAGCACGAAACGUCACGUUUCCGCCCACUCAUGCUACACCGCAUGGACGAUGUCACCAUCCUGUUUGCCGACAUUGUUGGCUUCACAAAAAUGUCGUCAACGAAGUCUGCGUCGACACUAGUGAGUCUGCUGAAUAAUUUGUUCAACCGUUUUGACAAGCUAGCUGAGUAUCACGGCUGUGAGAAGAUCAGCACGCUGGGAGACUGCUAUUACUGUGUAGCUGGCUGUCCAGCACCAUGUGAUGACCAUGCUGACCGCUGCGUACAGAUGGGCCUGUCCAUGUGCAAGGCCAUCGUGCACUUCUGCAGGGACACGGGAGAAGACGUGAACAUGCGCGUCGGCAUUCACACUGGCACGGUGCUAUGCGGCAUCGUCGGCGUGCAUCGCUUCAAGUUUGAUGUCUUCUCGCACGACGUGCAGCUGGCCAAUCAUAUGGAGUCCGGCGGUGUACCUGGUAUGGUACACAUGUCACAGAGUACAUACGAUGAACUCGUUGAUCCAGAUGCCUAUGACAUCCAGGAAGGUGAUGGCGCAUCACGCGAUGAACACCUAAAGGACGUCACUACUUACCUUGUUACCAUGCGGGAUCGGACGGGUAUGAUGCAACGCAGCAACUCCGAGCCAACGUUUGAACCACUGUCACCCACAGUGAGGAAAAAGCGGGUUCCAUCAUCACUGCGGCAUCGGCCACCUCAGUCAGUGCCAGUUACCAGCAAUGAAAGAAGGAAGUGGAUUGCUUCACCGCGCCAAUCUGUAUCAUCGCAAACAACUCUUUCAUCGCGGAAUGUCAACUCCAAGUCCCUUCUCAAAGUGUCCACUAUAGACAAUGCAGUUGGUGAUAUACCCAAUUCAUUGUAUCAGUUUGACAGCAGUUCUACAAUAGCCGCCACUUCCAUUGGUGACAUUUUGAAGGAGAGAGAAGCACACGAAGCGCCUCGGGUCAAAGUGCGCCUCUCUGAGCUAGCUGCCACAGAUCUUCUUCGAACUGCAGUUAACAACCCCAACUCCGAGAAGGGUCGGCAAGAGGAAGCUCGGAGGACUCGCUUGGCUGAGCAGAAAUUGGUAAUCAAGGUCCUUAAUUCAACUUGGGAUCGGCUAAUAGAGUUGAAGCAGAUCUCCAACAAGGAUUUGCAUAUGUUCUCGUUGGUCUUUAUUGAUGAGGACUUGGAAGCACUGCAUAGGCUGCAGUUCAACACACCGAGUGGUGUGACGGCACACACAACGUUCGAUAGCCCCAUCUUCUCCUACUUCCUGCAGGUCGUCAUCACCUUCAUUGUCUUCUUGAUGUUCAGUCUGGUCCUCUUCGUCGUGUUCAUGCCAAACCUGAGCACCAUGUCGAUAGCUGCGUUUGCCGCCUGCCUGCUAUUCCACGUAGCCGUUCUUCUGUCGGUGGGCAGUGUGUGCUAUGUGAGAUAUACAUGGCUGGCCCAGAUUGUGCGCCCGAUUGUUUGCAACUGGUGGGUGGCACACUUCAUAGUUGUCUUUCUACUGGCCUUCCCUGCCGCGCUGGUUGCCACCAAUUGGCCUUGCAGCGUGGCGUUUUCUACCAACGAUGACAGCUUUCACUUCAACUUCUUCAUCCUGCAAGUAUCCCUGACCAUGUGUCUGCUCUUUACACAACUUCACCGGAUUGUCCAAAUGUUUGUGUGCUGUGGUAUCUGCGCGCUCCUGAUUGCGUUUGUGCGCGUGCCGUUCAGUGAGUGGCCAUGCACCGAUUCAUCAUUACUUGCACGACACGGCCUCAAUGCAAGCUUCUACACCAGUGGUAAUGCAACUGGCAAUACAAUAGAGGGCAUCGUCCACAACGACACCUUCCUGAUCUUCUCCAUCUACCUGAUCCUCAUCUUUAUUCUCAACCGUCAGUACGAGGCCGCUUCCCGUCUCAACUUCAAGAGUCAGCUCCUGGCACAGGUCUCUUUUGAAGAAAUCCAACAGCUGAAGGAGCAAGCCGACAGCUUACUCAACAACUUGUUACCGGACCAUGUUUGUCAGCAUCUCAAGGUGUCAUCAAGUUACUCUGAGAAUCACGAGAUGGUGGGUGUGAUAUUUGCAACCAUUUGCAACUUUAGCGACUUCUACUCAGAACACUUUGAGGGCGGCAUCGGCUGCAUUCGCGUCCUGAAUGAACUGAUCAGUGACUUUGAUGAUCUGCUGUGCAAGCCGGAGUUUGCAACGGUGACCAAGAUCAAGACAAUCGGCGCUACGUACAUGGCAGCCUCGGGCCUGAAUACUGCAACUCGGCCUCCGUACCAGUUUGACCGAAAUCAACACCUCAAGGCUCUGCUGGAGUUUGCGCUUGAGAUGCAGCGGACAGUCCGCGACUUCAAUGAGAAUAUGGUUGGUUAUGAGUUUGUUCUUCGUAUCGGCUUUAACUGUGGACCAGUUACAGCCGGAGUUGUUGGUUCAACUAAAUUGCUCUUCGACAUCUGGGGUAACACAGUGAAUGUUGCAUCGCGCAUGGAUUCCACUGGCCUACCCGGAAAAAUACAGGUUCCGGAUGACUGUGUUGAGAGACUGCAAUCUUGUAUUGCUUUUACAGAGCGACCUGGCACGGUGUUCGUCAAAGGCAAAGGCGACAUGGUCACUCACUUCGUGGACAGCCUGAUCUGGCCUCAUCCGCAUCGGUUUCUACCCACCUCUAUCCAUGUAGAUACUAUUUGACCUAGGAGUUGUUAUUUAUUUAUUUUUAAUUCCAAACGGAUUUUGACCUCAUCGCAAAGUCAUUCCAACCCUGUAUAGCAUGGGCUGGAAUUGGCACACUUUGGCAGCCGACAGUAGACUAGCGUUUCCAGAGAUACCGUCAUUUUCUUUAUUACUCCUUUGAAGUAUUAACUGUGUGUUUGCAUCUGCAUCAACGGAUGAAUCAAUGAAUACACGUCCGAAGACCAUUCACAUUGCCCAUGUUUUUAGUCGAAGUCACAUGUAGUGGUGCAGUCACACCCUCUCCUUCAAAAGUGUUGCCUUCCCUUUAGACUUAGAGCAUAUUAUCAAAUGCAGAUUCAUUCUGCAGACACACGCCCUGCCAUUGAAUUUUUUAACUAGAUCUGUUUGCAGGGCUAUAUAUUAUAAGUGACAACACUGACAGUGCGGCGCUGCACCAUUCAGGCUUUACCCCCCCCCCCCCCCCUUCAAAUUUGACCGCACCACAGAACAUCCAUCUGUUUCCCCCUGUACAUGAUUCACUCUUUUUCUUUCUUUUUUUCUUUCCUUUUCUUGAUACGAGCAUAAUCAAGACUAUGAAACCCCCUUAUAUACC